UUAACAUCUGUGUUAGCAGUGACACACUGAUACGACCUUAUACUGCUACGUAAACUCGGUUUAUUCUUCAACUUUAUCUGUUCGUGGGACGACAAUUCUUAUUUACGAGUGAGCACUAAAACUGGUUCAUAAAUAUGGCAAAGGUAAAGAAGGGUCCAGAUUCAGAUGGACCUGGAACUUCUGGAGAGGCCUCUGUGAGGAAGCGGAAGAAGGGGGAUAAAAAUGAGGACUUCGAGAUGAUCGAUAAGGACGAAGUACCUGAGGAAAACAAACCAACGGAACCAAAAAAAGCCCCAAAAAUCUUUACCACAAGGGAAAUUGGAAAGCGGUAUUUACCAAGGGAGGAGUACCUUGUUCUCUGUAUAAGAGAAAUGUUGAUAUAUUUCAUAUUUAUAUUCGUUGUGGCUUUGUUGGCGGCGGGACAUCGCAGCAAGAGCGAGUAUUACUUGUCGAGGGUGAUGACAAAACUGUUUGUGGAGACCAAGUUCAAAACACUGUCAACAUCGGAGAUAAUAAGCUACAAUGACAUUAAUACCUUAGAGCAGACUUGGGAGUAUUUUAACUACUAUUUGACCAAUACCUACUGGGAUUACUGGUACAGUUAUACAGACAGAUUUUUCCCAGUUUAUGACGAAGAUAGAGGAAUAUUUUAUGAAAAUAAACUCAUGGGAAGGCCAAGGCUGAGACAGUUGAGAGUGAGAAAUGACUCCUGCACAGUGCCAGAAGACUUCAAACUCAUGUUUGCCAACUGCUAUGCUGAGUACUCGAGUAGUUCAGAGAGUACAGACACAUACGGCCCAGCAAACAGAUCAGUAUGGUCAUUCGAAAGUGCAAGUAAACUAAAGUCACUUCCUAUAACUGGAGAAAUAUCAACAUAUGGUGGCGGUGGAUUUUCUUUGGACUUUUCUGAUACCUUGGAGACUACCAAUAACACAAUCAGGGAAUUGUUCCAAAAUCUUUGGUUGGACAGGGGAUCAAGAGCUUUGAUCUUACAGUUCACCACAUACAACACCAAUGAGAAUAUCUUCUUCACUUUGCAAUUGCUGUUGGAGUUGCCCCCAACUGGAGGGGUUUUGCCCUAUUAUAAAAUACAUGUUGGAAAAUUUUUGAGAAGAGACAUGUGGGACUUCGUCUUACUUGGGUUUACAGGGCUGUUUGUGUUAUUCGUGAUCAUGUAUACAGUGGAAGAGGUCUUUGAAUUUCUUUACUUCAAAUGGUAUUAUCUGAGUUCUUUUUGGAACUUUCUGGAUCUUGUGAUUUUAAUAUUGAGCUAUAUAACCCUGGGCUAUUUUAUAUACUCAUUUAUGGUGAUUGAAGAUGAAAUUCCUAAACUGAUCAAGAUUACUGAUAAUCAUGCUUGUUUUGACAAUGUGAACAAUGCACUAAACUCGUACGUUACAUAUCUUGCGAUUUUGUUCUUUUUCGCUGCCAUCAAAGUGCUAAAGUACAUGAACUUUAACCAUUCAAUGCACCAAAUGCAGACCACUCUUUCCAGAGCAACCAAGGACAUUGCCUGUUUCUCUGUAAUCUUCUUCAUUGUGUUCAUAACCUUUGCUCAGCUUGGACAUUUACUGUUUGGAAGCCAGGUUCAAGACUUUAGAUCGUUUGUGACAUCAGUGUUUGCUCUUCUACGAACAGCUGUAGGAGACUUCGACUAUCAUAAAAUUGAAAAUGUCAAUCACUUCCUUGGACCAGUAUACUUCUUUGCGUAUAUAUUCUUCAUUUACUUCAUACUCGUUAAUAUGUUCUUGGCGAUCAUAAUUGACACAUACUCGGAAGUGCGGACUAGUAUCAGAGAUCAGACGAAGGAGCUGCACACCGGAGAUAUACUUGGGAGAUGGUUUAGAACCUUGUUACAGAACUGUGGUUGUGGCAGACUUAUAGCCAAGUACGAUGAGCCUCCUACCACUGGCACAGGUCCAUCUCCCACUGAGGACCUUCAGAACUUCUUACGCAGAUGUGGCUUUACUGAAAUGGAAAUUGAUCUCUUUUUUGCAAAAUUUGACAUUCCUCGAGACAAAGCAAUAACACAAGAGGAAAUGCGGAACAAACUUCUGACCAAUUUACAAUCAGAUGCAGCAGGAAAACCACAAGCUGUUCCUGAAGGUCAAGAAAGAGACGAGUUAGGAGAAACGCUCAUGGCUCGUAUUCGAGUCUUAGAAGACAACAUCACCGAAGUAAACUACAAAAUAGAUUUGAUUGACAACAAGAUAGAUGCCAUUCAGCAGAUUAGAUCACGAAAACGCACGGCCCAGGCUGACACCUGAGCUGAUUAUUGUUUACUAUUACAAGUGUUUAACGUGUUCUGUGACUUUUUCACCAUUUUUCUAAAGUCUGUUGUUUUACUAUGUAUCAUUAAAUAGCCGUGUCAUGUUUCAGUUCUUAGUACCAAGUGUUAUAUUGUUUCCAGCAAUACAGUAUAUUUUACAAAUACCUUCUGAGCAAUGCAAUUACGUAGCUCUCAACUAACCAUGUACAUUAGUUCUUAACUUUAUUUUGUUUCAAUAAAUGGACUGCAUACUAAUUUA